AUGGUCCAUGACCAAAGAUAUUACCUGCCCAAGGAUGAGGGCGGUGGUGGCUCGGACUCCGUUGUGGCUUAUGCAGCUCAGCGGAAAGGGAACAAGGAGAAGGCCACGGCAAGGAUGAAAACCGGAGCAAGGGGCCUACGUGCUACAAUUGUGGAAAGUUGGGUCGAUGCCGGUGCCUUCCAUGGGGGGCAGUACUUUGCCACGUUUCUUGACGGCUACAACAAGCUCUCGGUUGUAGUCUCCAUGAAGCAGAAGAGCGAUGUGGCCAAGGUGACAGAGCACGUUAUCAACCGGUUAGAGUUGCAAUUGAACAAGAAACUCAAGUCGGUGCGGACGCAUUGGGAGAAGCAGUACGUCAACAAAGUCCUCAAGUACGUCUUCGGGGGCAAGAGGACGGUGCACGAGAAGACAACCCCCUACACAGCCGAGCAAAACGGGUCGGCAGAGCGGCUGAAUCGGCACGUAGAGAAGAAACUCUGGGCGAUCAUCGGAUGCUCGAGGACUCGAGCUGCCUAA